AUGCGUGACAGCCCGGCCUUUGGAAAACUAAAAAAUGGUCAGGUCAUUAAGCGCGUGAAUGGACAGCCGGUGUUGGGGCUGACUCGGGAGGAGAUUGGUGAGCUGUUGGCCGCCGGUGAGGAGGAUCUCAUUCUUGAUGUGCAGGAUCCGCUUCCGUUCGACUACAGAAUUCGCGAGUUUGGUCAUGAAUAUAACCGACGCUCCGUUGAACCAAGUGGUCUACCUCGUCGCCAGAGUGAAUUUGCCCUGAUCCAUCGACGCAGAGACUCCAAUGCUUCCACCAGUUCUCACAAGGACUCCACGGCGGACGUGCCAAACAACCGCUGGGUGCCCGCUGGCAUGCAUCGACCGGCAGUGCCGAACGGACGUCCAUCUAAUGGGGUGGAUUCUGAACACCAGCCGAUAGCGGAGAAAGACGAGCAGGGCGCAGACUCGAUGUCCUCCCUGAGGUAUCUUGGAACGCAGAUUCCAUCCAGAACGUUCAGAGCGCUGGCAUCGCUCCUUGGAAUGGAUGAUCCGCAAAACGCCGGUAUCGAGGCUUCGCACAAAGAGCCGUGCCGAACAGUUAUCGAUGUGCGUGCAAAGGCCGAGGAAAUGAAGCGUGAAGCGGAAAAAAAGGCCUCACUGAGUGGAUUCUCCCCAUCCGCAUGCGACGAUCUCCCCUCCCCCGUCACUCCUGCAAGUCAAACAGUUGACCCAGCUUGA